GGGGGGGGGGGCGGGUCCGGGUACCAAUGAUUGGCUGUCCCAUCUUUGCGGACGCAAUUUAGAAAGAAAACGUUUCAAUUUGCAAAACAAAGCGUAUGAAGUCGGUGUCGGGACGAGUCGGCAAAGUGGCAAUCGAAUGUCACGGAAGGGCAGAAUUGGACCUUCUUGUCAGAAGUGGCAUCCGCACACAAGAAAACCAAAAAAGUGCGACUUUCCAAUAUUUCCCAUUUCAUCCGUGACCUCAACCAAGGAGGAAAUUGGCAUUUUUACAAUUUUCAUUUUAUUAACCCGUUAUUUGCUAUUUUUUUUAAUGAUGAAAAAACAAAAAGCAAUUGAGGGGAAGUGAGACGGGUGUGCGAAAUUCAGGUUUGUAAAGACAAAACUGGUACCCGCAGACGGCCGCGUUGCGAGAUUUGAAUCGAGAAAGACGACUCGGCAAAUCUGGGCGAGAAAGGCCCACUCCAGAGGAAAACGGGAACAUUUGGGACGUCCAAGUCUGUUGAAAAAUGGCCGCCAAUCGUCCCGUUCGUUCAGUGUCGCAAACCCCCUCCCAACGCCUCAUCCCUCAUUUUGGAAACCGACUGUAAGCCGAUCCCGUCCUCUUUUGAGCCGGCUGGGCGGAGCCUGUCAGCGCCCCUACCGUCUCCUCCUUUUCUCAGCCAUUUGAGAGCGAAAGCGGCAUGCAGGCGGACAGCUCGGCGCGCGGCGGCGGCGGCGCCGAGGACGCGGCCGGCGUGGCUUCCCUGCUGGAGCGCGUGGCCGGCCUGCUGGACGGCGUGCAGGCCACGCAGCGCCGCAUGGACGAGCGCCAGCUGGAGCUGGAGAGCGCCGUGGGCGACAUCCGCGCCGGCGUCCUCAAGCUCGCCGCCGAGCGGGCCGGCGACGCCGACGUCCUGGAGAAGCUUCUGGAGAAGACGCGCAAGGUCAGCAGACACGUCAAGGACGUGCGCGUGCGCCUGGAGAACCAGAACCUGCGCGUCAAGAAGGUGGAGGCCACGCAGGGAGACCUCCUGGCCAAGAACAAGUUCCGAGUGGUCAUCUACCAGGGCGAGCAGGAAGUGCGGAGCGCCGCGCCGGCCGACGCCGACGACGAAGGCGAGUCCCUCAAGGCGGCGCUCCCUCCAGAUUCGGACGACGACGAGUACAUGGUGGUGGAGGAGGCCGACCCGGCGGCGGCGGCGGCGGCCGGGCGUCACAAGAAGAAGGCGGGCCUGACGCGCAUGGAGAGCCUGAAGGCCGCCUUCUCGCGGGAGAACAUGAGCCGCACCCGCGACAGCCUGGGCACCAAAGUCAACAAACUGGGCGAGCGCAUCGUCACGGCCGAGCGGCGCCAGAAGAUCCGCCAGUCGGGCGAGCGGCUCAAGGAGACCCUCGCCAAGAACGUCCUGAAGAAGGAGAGGACUGUGGCCGAGGGCCAGGAAGGAGCCGACCCCGCCGCCGCUGCCGCCGAGGGGGGGGCCGCGCCCGUGCCGCCGCCCAAGGGCCGUCGCGCCGGCGCCGCCCCGCCGGCGGAGGAGGAGGUGCCCGUCUACGACAUGAAGCGGCUGUCGUAG